AUGAUCGGCGGACUCGUGGUGGUCAAGGAGAACACGGCGCCGCCAAAGAAGUGCCGCGAGGGCCGCGGCAACUACAUGCUUGACGCCGAGAACGCGGCGGUGCUGCGGACGCACGCCCACCACAUGGCCCUCUUCCGGCGAGCUGGGUACCGUGUGGUCAAGUCCACCCGACAGGCCGACUUCCCGAGCGACAUCUACCCCGUGCGCAUGUACUUGCUCGCGCCACGAGUGAGCGCCACGUGA